UCAGAGGUUCGAUCCCGGAUCCACAUUUGUCCUCCGAGAAGAAUCAAACCCAACCAGAAGUAACGCGUAAAAGCCGGAACGCGGGACCCCGUGGAGACGCCCCGCCGCCGCCUCGGCUCGAUCGGAGGAUAACUUUGAUCCGCAGGAUUACAGAAGCCUCGCAGCGGGAAUGUGACAGCUGGUUUGGGACACUGAAGGGAGCGACAAUCGGUUUCUGUUUUGGGGUGACCACACGGCCACAUAAUGCAGCAUCAUUUGGACCUUGGGGGGCAUUACUUUGCACCGGAGGCUCAGCCGCACGACCACAGGACUCAUCGCUACAGGAGUUUCAUGAUAGAGGAGAUUUUGACCGACCACCCGCAGCACAAGGCGUCGGCUCCGGCCGGGGAGCUGCUCAAGUUCGGGGUGCAGGCUCUCCUGUCCGCCCGGCCCUUCCAUAACCAGCUGGUCCUCAAAGGCGACCAGACCAACCUCCUCAAGUUCCCCAUGUCCCCGCUGGGCUGCUCGCUGGGCUCCCCGCUCGGCGCACAGCUGCUGUCCGCCGCGUCGGGCCUGCAGAUCGGCGCCGCGUCCCACCACUUGCCGCUGGACCUGCACUUCCGCGGGAAGCUGGAGCACGGCCCCGACGGGGGCGGCAAGAGCAAGAAGGGCCGCCGGAGCCGCACCGUGUUCACGGAGCUGCAGCUCAUGGGGCUGGAGAAGCGCUUCGAGAAGCAGAAGUAUCUGUCCACGCCAGACAGAAUAGACCUGGCUGAAUCUUUGGGUCUCAGUCAACUGCAAGUGAAAACAUGGUACCAGAACAGGCGGAUGAAAUGGAAGAAAAUUGUGCUGCAGGGCGGCGGCCUGGAGUCUCCCACUAAGCCCAAAGGCCGCCCGAAGAAGAACUCCAUCCCCAGCAGCGAGCAGCUCUCCGAGCAGCCGUCCGAAGGCUCGAGCCGCCAGUCGGAGAGCACCCAGGAGGAGUGACCCCCCCCCAACCCAAACCCUAACCCCGACCCGGCAGCCGGACAGACACUCCCGGGUCCGCGUGCGCGCAGAGCAUGCUGGGAGGAGGGAGAUGGGCGCCGGUGCUUGUGAAGCUGGCCGGUUCUCGCGCAGGCGACAGAGAAGCCUCGCGGGAAGACCUGAACUGUGCACGCGCCAACAUCCUCCAGCAGCCGCGUGUUGUUGUUGUUGUAGUUGUUUCUUACCACGCGUUUCCCUCGUGGUGAGCUCGCUGCCGGGGGGCAGCUGACACCUUCGCAGUAGGUCUACCCUUUAUAUUCUAAAGCAGUGAAUCUCAACUGGUGGGUCUGGUAAUUUUUUAAAUAAAAAUAAAUAAAUUAUUUUGAAGGAACUUUUUUAAUGCAGCGGAGUGUCGGUUUUUUUGCCGGCUCGUCCGUCCAUGUUUUCAGCAGCGUGUGCCAGGUUGGGUCAAACCAUUCUGAUAUGGGGGAGACAUUGGGUUUUUAGGAUAAUUAAACAUCCUGAAUAUAAAAUUCAGCUUAUGAACUUGAUUUUGA